CAAAAUAAAAGUGAGAAUUCCCCGUUCCUCUGUGCUGUUUGUAUUAGAAAUUCAUUUGGUAAAUAAUUAUUUGAUAAAUAAUAAUUCAAAUCGUAUUUUGUGAAAAUUUAAUUUUACAAAUGGAUAGAAAUACAAACAACGAAGAAGAAUCUACUCCCAAAGGUUUCAAACAAUCAAAUAUUUUGCCACUAUGGGGAAACGAAAGAACAAUGAAUUUAAAUCCUCUUAUUCUUACCAAUAUUCAGAGCAGUUCUUAUUUUAAAGUUAAUUUAUACGAAUUGAAAACGUAUCAUGAGGUUGUGGAUGAAAUUUAUUAUAAAGUAACUCACCUGGAACCUUGGGAGAAGGGGUCACGGAGGACUUCAGGACAAACGGGUAUGUGUGGAGGAGUCAGGGGAGUAGGUGCGGGAGGUAUAGUGUCUACAGCUUAUUGCCUACUCUACAAACUCUUCACCCUGAAACUUACUAGAAAGCAACUGAAUGGACUUUUGACACACUGUGAUUCUCCAUAUAUCCGAGCCCUUGGAUUUAUGUAUAUACGAUAUGCAUUACCGCCAGCCAGCUUAUUAGAAUGGUAUGAACCUUACUUACAUGAUGAAGAGGAACUUGAUGUCAAGGCAGGUGGAGGUCAAACGAUGUCCAUUGGAACAAUGCUGAGGCAAUGGUUGGUAAAAUUAGAAUGGUUUUCCACUUUAUUUCCUAGAAUACCUGUUCCCAUACAACAAAAGAUACAGAAGUUUAUAGCGGAGAACUUGCCACCACAAGUAGUCACCCAAAGACAGGAACCUGUCAAGUACAACGAACGUCCCCAAAAAGAUUGGCCGAGAGGAGACAGAGACAAUGUUAGAGAUGAUAUAAAAAAAGACUUUUUGAGAGACGAUAGAAGAGAAAGAUCGAGAGAUAGGUCGCCAGACCGUAAAUACAGAGACGACAGAAGACACAAAGAUGGCGAUUACAAAAGAGACAGAGAUAGACAUUCGAAAAGGGAACGGAGCCGAAGUCCUGUGAGAUCCCAUUCCCAUAGCAGCUCUAGCAGAGACUACAAAGACAGACAUCGGCAUAGGAGAUAGAGUACCGUCGAUGUCCUAUUAUGAUUGUUUUGUUUUGAAAGAUACAAGAUUCCCCAUCAAUUAUACUGUAGAUCUUUAGUCUUUCCACUUCACUGCGAUGAUUUUCAAAAAUUGUGAAUUCUGUUGGAAAGUGCUCAACAGACACGUUAAAAGACAAGAAUUUUCAUUCUGUUCUUCACUUAGUUAACCCUAAUUCAUCUUCAGAAAUAUAAUUUAUUUUUUAUGAUGGUUGCAAUGAAACUUUAUGAAUA